AAAUGAGUGUCUACAAAAAAAAAAAACAGUUCUCGCUAAGAGAAUUUCCCUUGUCGGUCCUAGACCAGAGUUUGGUUGUGUUGUCCUGGGACAAUGUGCUCACACAUUGCCGGGUCUUCCUGUGGCGAGAGGCGAGCGUUCUAGGACAUCAAUGAAUUCCUUCUUUCUCCUUUGUUUCGGCACCGGACCUCUUAUCCCAAAGAAACAUUCACAAUGAAGUCCUCCCACAGUGAUACCAGCGUUAUGAAGGCAGGGCGUUUCAGAUUCACAGUUUUGCUAACUUCUUAGGAAAACUUUUGAGCCGCAAUAGUUCCACAGAUUUGGAUGCUUUUAAGAGGAAGAAGUCUAAACCAAGUCAAACUAGCGAGCAAACAACCAAACGGACCUACUAUUUCGGGGGAUGGCGAAACCCUAUUUGCUAAGAAGUUUCAGCAAACUGAAUAGAAAGCGGUGACAGAGAGAAACAUUAUCCCGAUGACCAGUGAGCCCGGUACUCAACAGUAUAAAACUCGACUUGUUCUUCGUUCUGCUUCCAAGAAACCGUAAUCUUUUUACGGUAGACUAAACCGUAGCGUUUUAACCUAAAAUUGUUUGGCAACUGUUUUCAGUUAUGCACUAAUCCUUAAAAAAAUCCACCUUCUGUGAAAUGACAGUCGGCUUGCAGGGUUAAGGAAUCUUGAAUUACUUUUUUGUGUUUAACUCUCCAUCUGCUCUAACAAUGCUAGUUUUGUGGGACAACGAACCUACGGACUCCAAAGUUUUCAUACAAACUUGUGCUCGCUUCAUGGUAGCGGCAGGGAUUUUAGCUCUUGUGGGCAACGGCAAAACAUUUGCACAUCAACAAGAUCGAGACGAUGACCUUCAGGGACUGGGUCAGUACGAGGUGGUCCACCCCUCCAAGGUGGACGCCGUUGGACGGUUUGUGUCCCACUCGCUGUCCCACCACGUGAGCCGGCUCCACAGGCGGGACACGUCCUCGCACGACGGGGGCACGCGCGUCUUCUACCAGCUACGCCACGGCAGGCGGGACCUGCUCUUCAACCUCACCUUCAACCCGCACCUCCUGGCUCCGGGCUUCGUAACCGAGAGGCGGUACGGGGGCCUGACGGGGGCCAAGAUCCGAACCCACGUCCCUUCCCUCUGUUACUUCACGGGGGAAGUGUGGGACGAAGUGACCUUCCGGGGCAGGGCGGCGGUCAGCACCUGCAACGGCCUGACAGGGUUGUUCAAACUGUCUGAAGAGGAUUUCUUCAUCAGGCCUGUGGAGCCAGUGAGAGAGCAGGGCGUGGCUCAGGCACAUGUGAUUUACAAACGGCACGCCCCUGCACCCCUGAGUCACUCCUAUGAGGAGCACAGGGUCAAUGGGACAUGUGGAGUGAAAGACUCGCGGGACGGCGGGGAGCGGGCGGAGCGCCGGCGGGAGCGGUGGGAACGGCGGCAGCAGAGGCGCCGGAUUCGCCAGCGCUCCAUCAGCCGGGAGAAGUGGGUGGAGACUCUGGUGGUGGCCGACCCCAAGAUGGUGCAGUACCACGGCAGCCAGCAGGUGGAGACCUACGUACUGACCGUCAUGAACAUCGUUGCCGGAUUAUUCCACGAUGCCAGCAUUGGCAAUUCUAUUCACAUCGUGGUGGUACGGUUGAUUCUGCUGGAAGAGGAAGAGGAAGGCCUCAAAAUAACCCACCAUGCAGACAACAGUUUGAAUAGCUUCUGUAGAUGGCAGAAAAACCUCAACGUGAAGGGCGAUGAGCACCCUGUUCAUCAUGAUGUGGCUGUACUCAUCACCAGGAAGGACAUAUGUGCAGCCAUGAACAAGCCCUGCGAGACGCUGGGCCUGUCCCACGUGGCGGGGAUGUGCCAGCCUCACCGCAGCUGCAGCAUCAACGAGGACACCGGGCUGCCCUUGGCCUUCACCGUGGCACACGAGCUCGGGCACAACUUUGGGAUUCAGCAUGAUGGGAACGGCAAUGACUGUGAGCCGAUUGGGAAAAGACCUUUCAUCAUGUCUCCACAGCUCCUGUACGGCAUCACGCCCCCCAACUGGUCGCGCUGCAGCCGGCAGUACAUCACACGUUUCCUCGACCGUGGCUGGGGCCUGUGUCUGGACGACCCUCCAGUGCGGGACGAGCUGGAGUUCUCCACUGUGCCCCCAGGGGUCCUCUACAGCGCUGCCCACCAGUGCCGCCUGCAGUAUGGCUCCAGCUCCCAAUUCUGCGACGAUGUGGACGAUGUCUGUAGCACACUGUGGUGCACUGUGGGUAAUACGUGUCACUCCAAGCUGGACGGAGCAGCAGAUGGGACCAAUUGUGGCCUGAACAAGUGGUGUUUUGAUGGAGAGUGCGUGCCGGUGGGCUAUCGGCCUGAGAGCCUAAACGGAGGAUGGUCAUCCUGGAGUGUGUGGUCAGCCUGCUCCCGGACCUGUGGUGCUGGAGUGCAGAAUGCGGAGAGGGAGUGCAACAACCCUGUGCCGAAAUUUGGUGGGAAGUACUGUCUUGGGGAGCGUCGGAGGUACCGGGUGUGUAACACUGACCCCUGUCCAGCAGGGCUGCCCUCCUUCAGACACAUCCAGUGCAGCCACUUCAACACCAUGCCCUAUAAGGGCAAGCUCUACAAAUGGGUUCCCGUGAACAACAGAGCGAACCCCUGCGAGCUGCACUGCCGCCCCCAGAACGAGUACUUCUCCGACAAGCUGCUGGACGCUGCCGUCGACGGCACGCGGUGCUAUGAAGGCAGCUCCAGCCGUGACACGUGCAUCAAUGGCUUCUGCAAGAACGUGGGCUGCGACUACGAGAUCGACUCCAAUGCGGUGGAGGAUCGGUGUGGGGUUUGCCAUGGCAACGGCUCCACCUGCGAGACGGUGAAGAAGACGUUCGAGGAGAGCGAGGGGCUGGGCUACGUGGAUGUCGGCUUGAUCCCAGAGGGAGCGAGGGACAUCCGGAUCGAGGAAGUGGCGGAGGCAGGGAACUUCCUGGCUCUGCGCAGCGAAGACCCUGACAGGUACUUCCUGAACGGGGGCUGGACGAUCCAGUGGAAUGGAGACUACAAGGCUGCGGGGACAACCUUCACGUACGAGAGGACAGGGAACCUAGAGAACCUGACCUCCCCAGGACCAACACUGGAGCCUGUCUGGAUACAGUUGCUGUUCCAGGAGACAAACCCUGGUGUGCGAUAUGAGUACACCAUCCAGCGGGAGGCCGAAACCAACAACGAAAUCGCCACCCCAGACUUCUUCUGGCAGUAUGGCUCCUGGACUGAGUGCAGCGCCACCUGUGGGACAGGUGUUCAGAGGCAAAUCGUCCACUGUGUGGAACGGACUGCAGGGAUAGUAGAGGAACAGUACUGCGACCCAGCCACGCGCCCGGAUGACAAGCAGGCCAGCUGUAACGAGGAGCUGUGCCCAGCCAGAUGGUGGGCUGGAGAGUGGCAGAAGUGCUCGGCGAGCUGUGGAGAUGAGGGGCUCAUGAAGAGGACUGUGCUCUGUGUCCAGAGUGUAGGGGCGGAUGAACAGCGAGCCCUGCAGCCGUCCGAGUGCGAGAACCUGACCAAGCCCGAGUCUGUGGCCCCCUGCAACACACAGCCCUGCCCUGCUGACUGGACUGUGGGCAACUGGUCAGAGUGCUCUGUGACAUGUGGUGGGGGCAACAAGAGUCGUGAUGUUAUCUGCAGCAGAAACACAGGGGCCGACUGUGAUCCCAAGAAGAAGCCUCCUUCAGAGACUCCCUGCAAUGCACACAAAUGCCCAAAGAAAAUGGACAUUUUUGGAACAGAUUGGUCUGGAAGUGGGUCAUCCAGCAAAGAGCUGUACAAUGAAAUUAAUUCCAUUCUGGACGGAAGUCUCCCACCUAAACCUGGGCAAGGAACUACCAAAGCACGCCCUCCAGAGUACGCUGACCUGAAUAACAUUAUUGAAGAUGAUUUUUCUAUACAGAAUCACAUAGACCAGACGGGUGAAGAUUCUUUUAGCAAAAAUGUGUUUGUUGAUGAUUUCUACUAUGACUACAACUUCAUCAACUUCCACGUUGACCUGUCUUAUGGCCUGGGAAUUGAGAAGGAAGAUGACAAGGAGACUGAAACAGAAGAGAAUAUGGGAACAAACAGGGAAGGGGAAGGGCAUGAUCACAGCUCAGGCACAACAGAUAAUAUUGACCAGAAAUCUGCAAAUGCAGAGUUACAUACAGUCAGUCCGAAAGGACCAGAAGACCUGCAUUCCACCAUUCACCCACUAAACUGCACUGAAAUUGAGCUAGACAGAAAAGAGGCUGAUGAAAUCAACCCAGAGAUGUCUGAAAAUGAAGGGGAGGAGGACGAUAAAUUCUAUUCAUUUAAUUACUUGCUGCCAGAUUCAAGUCCUACAAGGCAGACCUCAGUGACUGUGACUCCCAGCUUCUUAGACAGUGAGGAGGAGUCAAAUGAAGGAUCACCUACUGAAAGGCCUUCCUCUUCUCCUUUGACAUACAGUCCUGAUAAAGUCCACACUGAAAGCUUUUCACUUGGUGAACCAGAACUAGAAGACCACUUCUCAUCCAGCUUGGUAAAUUUCACUGCAAAUACUGAAGCUGAAAAUAAUCGGAAGCACCAGAAAGAUGGUGGAAAGAAUAACGGGCAUCCAAUGGAGGACCUCUGGACAGAGGGCGACCUAAAUGAUUCCAGUGACGCUGGAAAUCCUCAUGGACUUACAGAAGACAGAAUGGAAGAUCAGAAGGUUUAUACUGCUGAUGAAAGAAAUGGGACAAGUGAUCGUGAUUUUGGGAGCCAUGAACAGGCUGUGACAAGCUUUCCUACAGAAAAUGAAGAGGGAGGCACGCUUGACAUUAAUGAAAAUCAGGAGAGCGUCUUAACUUCAGAAGAAAUCCCAGAUGCUCAGAAGAUCCUUGAUCAAACAGAAGGAGAUUUACCUCCUCUUACCCCUCACCCAUGGUUUUAUCUCAAAACUGAGACACCCUUACCAACUGUACCAGACCAGUUUGAUUUGAUGUCAAUCGUGGGGCAUACUUCAACACAGUUUUUUAAAGAGCAGGAUCCCGAUCCAAAUGAUAAAACAGAAACACCUCUUUAUAAUGAAAUGUCAAAGCAACCUGACAUUAGUCCAGAAGCUGUGACUUCCCCACCAUAUGUUUACUCACAAACACUACCUUCUGCUCUGCCUGCUUCUUGGGAUCCAGCCUUGGAAACCUCUGCUUCUCCUGAAUGGGACAAGAAGGCAUUACAUCCCAUAGUUCAGGAAGAAGAUGCACACACUGUGUUAAUUUCAACAGGAACCACUUCAGAUGAAGCAUCAACAGCUUCGCCAGAUGUUCAUCGUCCCUCUCCUGGUGUCACCAAAGUUCCUGAUCAGAUGCUGACCAGUCCCCCUUCUUCCACUGCUGUGUGGUCUGAGAUCGAUUCCAAUGAAAUUAUAAAUCCCUAUUUGAUGAGAAGCAGAAUUACACAGCAGCCUGUCACCGAUCACCCUGAUAAUGACAACUCAAGCCUUCCUGAGGAGUCCAGCAGACCUCUGGGACUGACCCAGUUUCUUUCCUCUCCCACACCAGCUCCUGACACAGCUGGCUUUUGGGUCGCUGGAAAAUGGAGUGCGUGCUCCACCAGCUGUGGGCUGGGGGCAGUCUGGAGGACAGUGACCUGCAGUACAGGCAGGGAUGUGGACUGUGACAUCACUGAGAGACCCCCCCCUGCGCGCCGCUGCUACCUGCGACCCUGUUCCGCCUGGCGGGUCACAGAAUGGGGGAAGUGCUCCCAGAACUGCGGAGGCGGUGAGAUGGUACGAGAGAUCCAGUGCUUUGACACGCGGGACCGCCGGCCAUUGCGUCCCUUCCACUGUCGCGCAGUUUCCCACAAGCCCCCAGCGCUUGGCGUCUGCAACGCCCAGAGCUGCCUGGACUGGUACACCUCCUCCUGGGGCGAGUGCUCGGAGCUGUGUGGCGGAGGAGAACAGCAGCGCUUUGUUACUUGCCCGGAAAUGAGCAAGUGUGAUGACUCCCUUCAGCCCAGCAAUGUACAAAGCUGCAAUACCCAUCCCUGCACAAAGUGGGUCUUGGGUUCCUGGGGUCAGUGCUCGGCUUCGUGCGGGGGGGGGCUUCAGCGCCGGCUGGUGAAGUGUGUCAACACCAAGACGGGUCAAGAGGAGGAGGACCGGGCGCAGUGCGACCACGAGCCCUGGCCGGAGAACACGCAGGAAUGCAACACCCAGGACUGCGAGAGCGUGCCGCCCAGCCAGCCGUGUCAGCGAGACCGACUCACGUUCCGGUUCUGCCAGACCCUGAAGUGGCUGGGCCGCUGCCAGCUGCCCACCGUCCGGGCCCAGUGCUGCCAGACCUGCGGCUCGCGGACCCGGGGCAACGAGCGCACAGCACGCCGGUAACGGGGGCGAGCUGACGGACACGCGCAGGGGAGGUGCUGCGGCCCCCCGAACACGCACACGUGGUGUAAUAGGUCCGUCCGCAGCCAGAUGCAUCUCUCAGCUUCCUGCUGUUUAACGAAAUGC